CUCUAAGGAACCGUCAAAGUGUCCAGACAGUCUGCAUUGAAAACGUCCAAAAUCUUUUCUUAGUAUAACAGGUCUUUAAAGACGAACGAUGACAAACUUCCGUGUGCUGGUGUCCACUGUAAUGUUCAGUGUCGUCAUCAUUUCCUGUGCACAUACACAAGGUACGAUGGAUGACCUGUUGAGACUCAAGGAUGUCCUCUUCUGGAAUUACACAAAGGAUUUUCGGCCAGUUUAUAACCUUAGUGAGCCAAUACAUGUGACACUCGAUAUGUUGUUGAUCUCAAUUGUAUAUCUGGAUGAGGUUACUGGAAUAAUCACAGUGAACUGUGGGCUCUAUACGUCAUGGACUGACUACAAUCUUGUUUGGAACCCGAGUGACUUUAGUGGUAUUACGUCAUUUGUUUUGAACUCAUCAAAGGUAUGGAAACCUCGCAUUUAUGUUACAACAUCUUCUGAGGAUUUGUCUGAUUUUUCAUUCGACGCCUAUGACGUUCGUGUGUUUUCAAAUGGCCAAGUAUCGUCUAUACCUGGGCGAAAUGUGAAAGCUAGCUGCAGUUUCGAUAUGACCAACUUUCCUUCGGAUUCACAAACGUGUGUUUUACAGCUAACAUCAUUGGUGUACACCUUGCAAGAACUGGUACUUGUUAGGGAACGCCCUGUUAUCAACAUGGUUUACUACAAGCCAAAUGGUGAAUGGGAUCUCGCCUGGACAUCCGUUCGAACAAACACUGUUAGCGGCAAUCUGUCCUCUGUACUGGACUUCUCAAUCCAUUUGAAUAGACGAUCUGGAUUCUUCAUUGUAUCCAUAGCCGCACCAGUAUUUCUCCUUCUUUUUCUCAACCCAUUUGUGUUUCUCCUGCCAACCUCCUCCGGAGAGAGGAUGUCCUAUUCUGUAACUCUAUCAUUAUCGCUGGCCGUAUACAUGACAGUGGUUGGGGAAUAUAUGCCAAAGGUAUCCGAUCCAAUACCAGGCAUCUGCUACUUCUUUUUGAUGGCCAUGUUAUUCAGCUGCUUCAUAAUCCUGCUGACAAUAUUCACUCUACGUUGUCAAGAUGCAACUGAUGUUAAUUCUUUUCCCAGUUGGAUCCUUUGGAUGGUCAAGCGAGUUACACAUUCGACAUCCUGUUAUAAGAGAAAAGUGACCACACUUGAUCUGAACGCCGAUGAUGGAAUUAUUAAAGAUGCUAAAUUGACAGACCACAAGAAUAAAGUCCAUGUCGAGCAACUGAAAACAAAUGUACAAAAAGAAGAUGUGAUACGUUUUAUUGACAGAAGUCUGUUUUGUAUAACAUUAUUUUACACUGUAGUGACAACGUUGGUGUUUAUAUUCCACUAUUGGUAUUAGAGGUUUGUGUUUUGUUGAAUGUGUAUGAUCAAAGUAGUUCUUUUUGACAUAGACAUACCUAUUGGAGUGUCUCUGAACUGAACUUGGCUAAACGUCGAUGGCCAGAAAGUUCUAUUGGUAAAAACAUCAGUCCAGAGCUCAGAGGUCCCGGGUUCGAGACACGGUACUGUCGUUGCAUUUUUCGCUCUGCUGAGAAUGUUUGUCUAGUACCAUAGCUAGUUUAAUUGAUGAAUGAAUAUAAAGAUAUAUUUAUUCCUAUGCCUUCUUUGUCCUUUUGCAACGUGUCUUAAUCUUAAUUAUUACUUUGUUGUAUGUCUUCAAGUAUUUUCCCCUUUCUUUAUUCAAUUGAUUAUUGUAGAUAUAGCCAGGAGAGAUCCUACUUUUACGGGUAAUUAUAGCAUCAGUCUUGAUGGCAGCUCUUUCACUUCCGCUGACAGUUUAAUUAAUGAAUAUGCAUUAUACGGAUUGCUCGGUAAACUGCUUAUUUAACAUUAACUCACUUUCUGUUGCAUAGAGCGUUCAAUGACGCAUUUAUUUAAAUGAGGUGUAGUUAGUUCCUAGGCUUACUGAGCACAUGUAAGCGUCCAGUGGUUAUGUUGUAUCUCCACCACCGCAUAUUGAUCGUAGAAGGCAACUAAACUUGACCCUCUGAAGAAAGUUUUUGUUUUCCUCGGUGUUUUCUAUUGAGGGGAAAUUGAAGAAUUGAGUGCAUUACAGAUCUUCUCUGUCCAUUGUUAUUCUUGAGAUCUUUAUUUUUCUUUCAUUCUUUACAGCCUUAUCAUUACGUGUUUUGUUUUCUCACUCUAGAUGUCGUCUUGACGUCCGUCUCCAUAUGACCCUGGCUGUUAUUUACAUGGACGUUAAUUCCGAAAUAAAACCCCAUGAAAUCAUGAUAUUUUUGGUAUAGCAUUAUUCAAGUAUAUCUAGAUAUAUUUUGUGGAAAUACUUUAUAAUGCCGGUAAUAAAUCGGUUUCUAUUGUCAAUACCUUUCUACCCUUUGUAUUUCGUAAUUGUUCACCUAGUCCAAUAUAUAGUAUAUUUUAUAUUUACAUAUCAUUACCUAUAACCAGACGUCUUUUCAAUCUACAUGAGACUUAACUCGCUUUUAAUGAUCACAAACGCCCAUUUACAAGAUCGAUUCAUUAUGAACUGGUCGUAUUGAUAGCAGUACGCAAUACCAAAAGUGGGCGCCUAGAUUUUCCUUUACAGAUAGUUGAUGGUC